UGUCCCAUCAAUUACACCUGAUAUCAUCCAUCAUCGAAACCCAUAACCUCACCCACGGUCCAUCGCCUUAUCUCGACCACAUUGCUGACACGACACACAUACAUUCACCCCCUCAAAUUCCACACGAUCUAGUCUGAUAAUAAGAGAUACGAAACGAAAGCAACAUGGAUUACCAGAACCGCGCGGGCUCUAAAUUCGGCGGCGGCGGCGUAGCCUCCCACUCCGCCACCAACGCCGACCGUCGCGAGCGUCUGCGCAAGCUCGCUCUCGAGACCAUCGAUCUCGACAAGGACCCUUACAUUUUCCGUAACCAUCUCGGCUCCUUCGAAUGCCGUCUGUGUUUGACGGUGCACCAGAACGACGGCUCCUACCUCGCCCACACCCAAGGCAAGAAGCAUCAAACAAACCUCGCUCGCCGUGCCGCCCGCGAGCAAAAAGAAGGCAAAGGCGAAGUCGAUCCGCAGACGGGUCUCCCCGUCGGCGUCGUCGGCGCGGGUUUCGCCGCUUUGGGACUGGGCGCCGGCGGCGUGCGCAAGAACGUGGUCAAGAUUGGUCGCCCCGGAUACAAGAUCACGAAAGUGCGCGACCCCAUCACCCGCCAGCAGGGAUUGCUGUUCCAGCUGCAGUACCCGGAUAUUGCCCCGGGCGUCACACCCAAGUGGCAGGUCAUGAGCGCCUUCAGCCAAAGGGUCGAGGAACCGGACAGGAACUACCAGUACCUCCUGGUCGCCGCGGAGCCGUACGAGACAUGUGGGUUCAAGAUCCCGGCGCGCGAGCUGGACAAGCGCGAGGAUAAGCAGUUUGAGUUUUGGGACCCGGAUAGCAAGGAGUACUGGGUGCAGAUCAUGUUCAUGACGGAGCGCGAGGAGCGCUUCAAUGCGGCGCCUGGGUUGACGGGGAGGAGGUGAUUUGUUUUACUCUUCUGGUAUUGCUUCAGAUGAACGGUUAUUCUACACCCACGUUCGGAUUUGAUCGGGGAUCGGGAAAAUAUGCUUGGCGUUUACGGAGUUUCCUGUCAUUAUUUGGGUCAUGUUCAGCCCCAAUUCGGCUUCUCGGACGUCCCCACAAAGUCACGUAACUUUUGCAGGAGGGCUUACUGGUAGAAAGAAGGUGGAAGGGGGAAUACACAAUCCCCAGAAAUUGUGUUGAGGACCAGAUCAUGAUCCGGUCAUUGGCCUUCGUCCAACGGCGAUCUGAAUCGGCAUCAUAUAAAGUCCGAAGAAGCUUUGGGCGGACGGCCCAUCCGAAGCACGACGAUCGCCGUUGAGCGGGUAUCGGGAAAAUGGAUCCAAACCGCUCGCAACGGCAUAGGAGAUUGGGACGUUCGGUACGGACGGAGAUAUCAGACAAAACCGGGACUUGAGAACGAUACCAAAAUCACCGGCAGAAGGGACCUCGAGAUUGUUGUUGUAAGGAUAUGUAUAUACAGUCUUGGAGUUGCGUGUUCCUCCUAGCUGACAUAUGAAACAGACCCGAUGAGCGGACAUUACGCCCAUUAUCGCCUUCUUUCAUGAAACGUGAGUGUAUCGAUUAUCUUCAUUAUGUGAUAACGUGAGGUGACUUGCAUGCUGUCGGCUCUUCAGCCACUUACCACUUUAUCUUUAAAUAUGGAGUUU